AUGGCCUGCCGGGAGGGGGCAGGUAGCCGGCGGGCCCGGUCCAAUGGGUGCCGGCUUCCGAGGAGAGGGAGGAGGAAAGGAGGAAGGAGGCGAACUCUGGGCCCCGGCCCCAUUCAUUGCCGCGGCCGGCGGGCACUGGGGCCCCGUGUUUUCAGAGUCAUGGAGGCGCUAAUUCCUGUCAUUAACAAGCUCCAGGACGUCUUCAACACGGUGGGCGCCGACAUCAUCCAGCUGCCUCAAAUCGUCGUAGUGGGAACGCAGAGCAGUGGAAAGAGCUCAGUGCUAGAAAGCCUGGUGGGGAGGGACCUGCUUCCCAGAGGUACUGGAAUUGUCACUCGGAGACCUCUCAUUCUGCAGCUCGUCCAUGUUUCACAAGAAGAUAAACGAAAAACAACAGGAGAAGAAAAUGACCCUGCUACAUGGAAAAACUCAAGACACCUUUCUAAAGGGGUGGAAGCAGAAGAAUGGGGUAAAUUUCUUCACACCAAAAAUAAGCUUUACACGGAUUUUGAUGAAAUUCGACAAGAAAUUGAAAAUGAAACAGAAAGAAUUUCAGGAAAUAAUAAGGGAGUAAGCCCUGAACCAAUUCAUCUUAAGAUUUUUUCACCCAACGUUGUCAAUUUGACACUUGUGGAUUUGCCAGGAAUGACCAAGGUGCCUGUAGGUGAUCAACCUAAGGAUAUUGAGCUUCAAAUCAGAGAGCUCAUUCUUCGGUUCAUCAGUAACCCAAAUUCCAUUAUCCUCGCUGUCACUGCUGCUAAUACAGAUAUGGCAACAUCAGAGGCACUUAAAAUUUCAAGAGAGGUAGAUCCAGAUGGUCGCAGAACCCUAGCUGUAAUCACUAAACUUGAUCUCAUGGAUGCGGGUACCGAUGCCAUGGAUGUAUUGAUGGGAAGGGUUAUUCCAGUCAAACUUGGAAUAAUUGGAGUAGUUAACAGGAGCCAGCUAGAUAUUAACAACAAGAAGAGUGUAACUGAUUCAAUCCGUGAUGAGUAUGCUUUUCUUCAAAAGAAAUAUCCAUCUCUGGCCAAUAGAAAUGGAACAAAGUAUCUUGCUAGGACUCUAAACAGGUUACUGAUGCAUCACAUCAGAGAUUGCUUACCAGAGUUGAAAACAAGAAUAAAUGUUCUAGCUGCUCAGUAUCAGUCUCUUCUAAAUAGCUACGGUGAACCCGUGGAUGAUAAAAGUGCUACUUUACUCCAGCUUAUUACCAAAUUUGCCACAGAAUAUUGUAACACGAUUGAAGGAACUGCAAAAUAUAUUGAAACUUCAGAGCUAUGCGGUGGUGCUAGAAUUUGUUAUAUUUUCCAUGAGACUUUUGGGCGAACCUUAGAAUCUGUCGAUCCACUUGGUGGCCUUAACACUAUUGACAUUUUGACUGCCAUUAGAAAUGCUACUGGUCCUCGUCCUGCUUUAUUUGUGCCUGAGGUUUCAUUUGAGUUACUGGUGAAGCGGCAAAUCAAACGUCUAGAAGAGCCCAGCCUCCGCUGUGUGGAACUGGUUCAUGAGGAAAUGCAAAGGAUCAUUCAGCACUGUAGCAAUUACAGUACACAGGAAUUGUUACGAUUUCCUAAACUUCAUGAUGCCAUAGUUGAAGUGGUGACUUGUCUUCUUCGUAAAAGGUUGCCUGUUACAAAUGAAAUGGUCCAUAACUUAGUGGCAAUUGAACUGGCUUAUAUCAACACAAAACAUCCAGACUUUGCUGAUGCUUGUGGCCUAAUGAACAAUAAUAUAGAGGAACAAAGGAGAAACAGGCUAGCCAGAGAAUUACCUUCAGCUGUAUCACGAGACAAGUCUUCUAAAGUUCCAAGUGCUUUGGCACCUGCCUCCCAGGAGCCCUCCCCCGCUGCUUCUGCUGAGGCUGAUGGCAAGUUAAUUCAGGACAGCAGAAGAGAAACUAAAAAUGUUGCAUCUGGAGGUGGUGGGGUUGGAGAUGGUGUUCAAGAACCAACAACAGGCAAUUGGAGAGGAAUGCUGAAGACUUCAAAAGCUGAAGAGUUAUUAGCAGAAGAAAAAUCAAAACCCAUUCCAAUUAUGCCAGCCAGUCCACAAAAAGGUCAUGCUGUGAAUCUGCUGGAUGUGCCAGUUCCUGUUGCACGGAAACUAUCCGCUCGGGAACAGCGAGAUUGUGAGGUUAUUGAACGACUCAUUAAAUCAUAUUUUCUUAUUGUCAGAAAGAAUAUUCAAGACAGUGUGCCAAAGGCAGUAAUGCAUUUUUUGGUUAAUCAUGUGAAAGACACUCUUCAGAGUGAGCUAGUAGGCCAGCUUUAUAAAUCAUCCUUAUUGGAUGAUCUUCUGACUGAAUCUGAGGACAUGGCACAGCGCAGGAAAGAAGCAGCUGAUAUGCUAAAGGCAUUACAAGGAGCCAGUCAAAUUAUUGCUGAAAUCCGAGAGACUCAUCUUUGGUGAAGAGAACUAUGUAAUACUGAGACUUUGUUGACUCAAAACUUGCUAGUUACUGCCUACCUGAGUAGAAUCUUAUUUAUGAACUCCUGUGUAUUGCAGUGGUAUGAAUCUGCUCAUGUGAAGACUGGCUAUAAACUGAAAAGUGUAUUCCAUAUUACAGAACGAAUCACACAUUUAAUCCAAAUAAUAAAUGGCUGUUUCUAAAGUUUCCCAGUAUAUGUAAAAUACAUCAAGUCUGUCUUGUGACAGUUUCAUCUGAACUUAAAAAGAACUGUUAAUGUUCUAGCUGUGCAAAGCAGUUUGCCUGUGGAUAAGAUGACCUGUGUAAUAAUCUUUGUUAGUAGUCUCAAAGCUGCUGCCAUAGUCCUCCAAGAAGAAAGCACCAAGACAACAUUUCAUAUGACUAUAAUGCAUGUACUAUAUAAGCUGAUCUGGCUUUGAAAGAUGUGAGUUGGCAAGUUCCUCACAUAGAGUCAUUGUAUUCCACCUGUCCUGCAAUUUAGUUUUUCUGAGCUUCUCUGCAGCCUUUGAUGUGUUUUUAAGAAAGCUGAAUGCACAAGAGGAUCUGUGACACUGACAUGGAUGUGGUGUGCAUACUGUGUAGUUACAUAGCCCUUCCAAUUCUGGGUCCAUUUGCGCUAGCAAAUUAAAAUAUGCUUUGCUUCAUACUUAAACCUGAAAGCUGGAAUGUGUACAUUAAUUCCUACAUUAAAAACAGCCAUCUACCCUUGAUUAUCUAGAAAGACUUGGUAAUGAUGGCCAGUUCCUUUUAGGUUUUAGAAAAUCAAAUGAUGACCUAAAUUUCCCUUAAUUUGCAAAUACAGUAGUAAUUAAGGUACAUCUCUCUAAAGUGGAGCACUUAAACCAGGCUCUAAGAUUCACUUUGAGGUGGAACUUAAAACCAAUGUUCUGUAUGUAUGCACUGGUAAUAACUACUUUUGCUUCAUACCAACAAAAUGUAUUAGAAUAGUAUGAAAGUACUGGAGGAGCUGAAAGAAAAACACCCAAGGCCGGGCGUGGUAGCUCACGCCUGUAAUCCCAGCACUUUGGGAGGCCGAGGCAGGCAGAUCACCUGAGGUCAGGAGUUGGAGACCAGCUUGACCAACACGGAGAAACCCUGUCUCUACUAAAAAUACAAAAUUAGCCGGGCAUGGUGGCGCAUGCCUGUAAUCCCAGCUACUCGGGAGGGUGAGGCAGGAGAAUCACUUGAACCCGGGAGGUGGAGGUUGUGGUGAGCUAAGAUCGUGCCAUUGCACUCCAGCCUUGGCAACAAGAGCGAAACUCCGUCUCAAAAAAGAAAAAAGAAAAAAACCUAGAUACACAUACUCCUUCAGAUUUAAGCUGCAUUUAUGGGGUAGUGAUGAGGUUUAGAACAUAUACAUAUUUUGUUAAAAUUCCCCAGAUGAUUCUUGGUAUGAACCACAACAUUAUAAAUUUUAAGAUAUACUUAGAAAUCCUUAAGACAUCUAGCCCCAUUUCUAAUAGACAACACAUUUAUAUUGCAGAUAAUUUUUUUUUUUUUUCAGUUUAUGACCCGAUAUUUAUGAAGGACUACUGGCAGGGAAAAUAUGAAUAUGUUAACUUUAGCUUAUGGCACCAAUUUACUAAGGAACAACAGGCUCACCAACUGAUCUCAAACAUAAAAAACCCCACAUCAUCAGUCUGAUCCGAUAUGGUACUACUUUGAAUCUCUUACUAGUACCAUCUUGAGAGAGGAUACAUGCUCCCAAAACGUUACCACACUUAAAAAAUCACUGCCAUCAUUAAGCAUCAGUUUCAAAAUUAUAGCCAUCCAUGAUUUACUUUUUCCAGAUGACUACCAUUAUUCUAGUCUUUUGAAUUUGUAAGGUAAACAAAAACAAAAACAAAAACUUUUGAUGCACUUUUCUCAAGCACAUCAGAUUUCAAAUUGAAAAUUAAAGACAUGCUAUGGUAAUGCACUUGCUAGUACUACACACUUUGUACAACAAAAAUCGGAGGCAAGAAACUUAAUGGAAAGAGAAAAACCUUCCUUUGUUGGCCCUUAAACUGAAUCAAGAUCUGAAAUGUAGAGAUGAUCUCUGACAUUUAUAACAUACCUGUAUGUUCUUGCUGUGUAAAUAAAAUUGCUGGUAUGAAAUGACA